AUGACUGAAUACACAUCUAAUUCAGAGGCUGUUCGCGAGUACCUGACAUGGCGCGAGCGUACGGCGCAAUGGGUCGGUGUACAUUCACGAAGCGGUGGGUCAGAGACUGCGUAUGUGUCGCCGUCAUAUCCCCCAUCCCUUCUGAGUGACCCCGACGCGCCAAGCUACGGCCCAAGCGAUUCGGACGACGAAGGCAGUAGCCACUCCAUACCACCGCGUAUGAUGUUGCGGUAUACUGAUGGCAGGCCAGACGUACCCAUCUCGUAUUUGGACAACUUCUCUGACCGUCCUCUCCCACGACCGAGAAAUGUAGACGGACCUGGUGCCCUACCUUCGACACAUCGACGGUCCAAGUCUGGAUCUCAUCUCCAGACGUCACCGAACAAUCAUGAUCAGCCGCGCUAUGCCCAAACGCUGUCAUACGCCACGUCGCACCAUACCGCUAUUCCAAUCCCAGUGCCUCCGCCUCACGAGUACCCAGCCCCCCCUCGCUCUCCAGAGAGCAUAGUGGUGCUGCCGUCUCGAGACUCCGACGAGACGCCACAGGUGCAGGUCCCUGUCAACGUGCCGUCACAGCACUCUCACCACUCUCAGCAAUUUCAAUACUCUCAUCAUUCUCACCAUUCUCAUGAUUCUCGCGCUCAUGCACGCUCUCCAUCUGCAUUUGCUCCCCCGCCUCCAUUGUUGUCUUCCGACGGUAUACCGAUGAUGCCGCGGAAUCCAAGUUUCGUACCUAGAGCUCCGUCUCAGCAGCAUAUUGUUGCGCCGUCACCGAGGCACGCGUUUGACCCUGCACAAUUUUCCCAGGGCAGAACCCACUCCCCACCGAUUACCCACUCUCAAUCGCAGCCGCUUCCACAAGGACAUGAUCGCACUCGAUUUGUCGAUCCGCGAUUCUCCGGAGGCGCACAGUCCCAAUUGCCGUACACUUAUUCUCCUCCUGCGAUCGUAUACGCACCGUCGUCGAAGCAUAGCAAGUCGCGCUAUACGCCUCCUGCAAUUGUGUAUUCCCCUUCGGCGACUCACCACAAUCAGCGCAGAGGACCUCCCUCGAUAAAGUUCAGCCAGUCUGCCCCGGUGCCGCUGCAUUCGCACCAUUCCGUGCGUUCCGGCUCGGGUCCUCGGUCAUUCCAGCAAGGGGAAACUCCAGUCAUUUACGAGGAGCCUGUUGAGCGAAGCCGCAGUGUCGGCAGGGCUCCGAGCAACGGUCGGGGACGUACUCCUGUCCAUGACUUCCUUGAGGUUGACCGCUCAGCGUCAUCCCGAUCGCGCUCACCCUCUCCUCUGAGUGGAAGCGAUGGCGAUAGCCGUGCAUCUGGAAGCACGUACUAUAUUCUUCCUACACCAGGUCAAAAAGUCAAACUCAUUGUACCUAAUUCUGCAUCCAUUUACACGGCCACAUCGACAACGAAGUCCGCGCACUCCCCGCAGUCGAAGUACUCCGGUUCCGGCAACGGUGGACCGCGCAAGCCGUUCUUCCAGCGGAUCUUUAACAUUCCCAAGCUGGCGGGGUCAGUAGACUCCAGUGGGAGCAGCCAGGUGUCCCAGAAACAUAUCCGCGGACCAAAACCUUCCUCCUUUCCAGUCCUCACCAUGCUUAUCUUCUCCGUGUUCAAGACGCUGACGGACCAGCGCGUCACGGUUGAGUUGAAGAAUGACUUGUCGAUCACGGGGGUGCUCAAGUCGGUUGACCAAUUUCUGAAUAUUCGCCUGGAUUCAAUCAAGGUACUGGAUGAAGCGCGGCAUCCACACAUGAUGGCAGUGAAAAACUGUUUUAUCCGUGGCUCCGUCGUGCGGUAUGUGCAACUGCCCGCUGAGCACGUCGACACGCAAUUGCUAGAGGACGCUACAAGAAGAGAGGCCGCUGCUCAGGGCAAACGAUGA